AUGAAGAAAACCCAUAUUACCCAUGAUUCCCUCCUCCUUAUCCUCCUCGUUGCCGCCACCUUCUUCUUCACCUCAUCCUCCGCCACGUCCCGCACCACCGACUCCAACAAGAAACCUUUAGUCCCAUGCAAGAAGCUCGACCUCUACUUCCACGACGUCCUCUACGACGGCCACAACGCAGCCAACGCGACCUCCAGCAUCGUCGCCAGCCCCGUCGGCGGUUCGGGGACCCGAACCGCUCUGUCCCCGAGCUUCCACUUCGGCGACGUCAUCGUGUUCGACGACCCCGUCACGUUGGACAAGAACAUCCACUCAAAGCCCGUGGGCCGGGCCCAAGGCUCGUACAUCUUCGACGCCAAGUCCACGUACUCGGUGUGGCUGGGCUUCGCGUUCGUGCUGAAUAGCACGGACUACAAGGGCUGCAUCACGUUCGCCGGGGCCGAGCCCGUGACGCUGAAGACCCGCGACGUGCCGGUGGUGGGCGGGACCGGGGACUUCUUCAUGCACCGUGGGAUUGCGACGACUAGUGAUGAGGUGGUGGACGGUCAUCUUUGUGUUCGGGUCCAGAUCAGGUUUUAUGAGUGUUACUAA